CCCACAUGUCGUCUCCACAUUAAGGAGAUUUCCACUAUUCAUCCACGCCUCGAGGCCAACAACAUCCGUUUUGUUGGAAUCGGCGUGGAGGAGCUAGGAGUGCAAGAGUUUGUCAAAGGAGGAUUUUUUAGUGGAGAAUUGUAUAUUGACACAAAAAAGCAGUGUUACAAAGAUUUAGGUUUCAGAAGAUUGAAUAUUUUCUCAGGAAUUGGAGCAAUAUUUGCUAAGACUACCAGAGAAGGCAUGGCAAAGGCAAAAGAACAGAAUAUUGAUGGAAACAUGAAAGGAGAUGGAUUUCAGAACGGAGGUGCUCUUAUUGUUAAAGCUGGUGGCUCUGAGGUAAUCUACAGUUAUAAGCAGGAGGACCCCAGUGUAUAUGUCAAUCCUAAUGAAAUCCUGAAGGCCCUGGGACUGGAGGAAUUAAAAGAGGCACCCCAGGGGGAGGAGGCCUCAGGGGGAGGAUGAUCCUAGUGGGCGCUUGUGUCGAGUCCCUCUGGAAAAUCCACGGGGAUUCCAUAAGCUCACAUGAGAAGUAUAGGAGUUUCUGAAGAGAUACGGGAUUUUGAAAGCAUAGUUUUUCUUCUGGAAAUCCCAUAUAUUUCACAUGCAGCAAUUAGUUAUAGAAAAUCUGGGAGGCAAUUGGAAAAACCAGAAUAAAUGAAGCUUUUUCACUUUCAUUCUUCAUGAUGGUAAAUGAGAAAUCUUAUAAGUUGAAAUUCAACAAGUUUCAUAUGCAUUGUGUAUUGGUUUAAAUAGAUAGAAACUAAACCUAACCCAGUCAUUCUGAAAAAAAAAUAACUUUUCUAAUGUAUGCUGAAUAGCAGAGGUAAAUUUGAAUUCUAAAAAAAAGAAGAAAAUGAAAUCUUACUUUUUACUAUCUUUUCUAGAAUUCUGUUUGAAAUAUGAACUUAAUGUGUUCAUGAGAGGUUUCAAUUACAGUUUUUGUGAAAAAAGUAGAGGUUGUUAUAAUAGAGGGUUAAUUGUAAAAUGUUUGUGUGCUCCACGUGCCGAAAUUAAGAAUGCAUUUUGAUAUUUAUCUUUAUCCAAAUUAGGAUAACAAAAUGUGAUAUAUUUAGAAGUUGGUCAUUUGUUUUCAGAUGUUAUUUUGUUAUGUUUGAGGUUAAUAAUUUUUUAACCUGUAUUAAUAUAUGCCAUUGGGGCAUUCACGUCAUAACAGCGGUGUACUGAUAUGGAGAUAAAUCUCUUAUGUGACAGACAAAUGACAUUACUAACCUAUAAUCCACAGUGUGGGAGGGUUUUAAUUGAGGAAUAUCUGUCUAGGAGACAUAUCUCCAUUAUCAGUGCACAGACAGAUAGUCCCAUAUUAAGUACAUGUACAUUAACAAUCAACAUUGAUAUAGAAGACCCGCCAAAUAUUUUUUGUUUACAUUAUAUUUUUUAAAUUUUAUAUAUGUAAAUCUUCAUAUAUUUUACUUAUAUUUUAUAGUGUUUCAUCCUGUAUCUUGUAUAGUCUCCUUCAGUUUAAUUCAGUCUUUGUCAUAUCAACGACAUUUUGUCCGAAUUCUGCAUAAUUUCCAAUACAUGUAUAAAAACUUACAUUUACGAUGUCGUACCGAAAUGUGAUGUAUCACUGGUCAGUGACAUUCCUUUUGAAAACAGAUAAAUUUCAUUGUUCUCAUGCAUUUGAAUUUCAUUUAUAUCUCAGGGGUUAAGGAAAUAUAUAUGUGUUCACCUUGAUAGAAAAGUAGUUGAUUGUAUGAUGUCAUUUCCUCAAAAUUUUUUUUUAAAAGUGGUUAUGAUGGAAGGAAAUCAUUUUACUUUUCUAACGAGAUGAAGUUUGUUCCGAAAAAUCUCAUGAUUAAAAUCAUUUCAUCUAUUGUGCAAAUCUAUCGUUUGAAAAUAUGUUUCAAUUAUCAAAAAGAGAAAAAAACUUUUUUCUCCAUCUCUAAAGUGGUGAAAAUGUACCCCCCCCCCCCCAUAUGUUGAAACACCCCAAAUCCAACUGUAGAUUGUUGAUGAAAGUAAAUACAUAGAUAUGUACAAUGUCAUGUUAAAAUAAUAAAGGAAAUCACCAUGUUAAAGUUA